AGUACGGCAGCGUUUAUGACCCCGGCAGCCACCAACACCUCACCUCCUCCCCUCCAGACCGCUCAUUUUCCAACAGGGAUCGAGCUAGAACAACUUCAGGACCUAAAAAACACCCCAAAAGAGGCCAUGCCAUCGGGGAAGAAGCUAGCGCAUUUCUUCUCGAGCGCCGCUUUGUGUGCGGCCGGAGUGGUUGUGCUGGGCUUCGGGAUGUCGACGGAUUGGGCCGACGCCGUCUUGGACUGCGCUCCUCCCGGGGGAGAAUUCGAUGGGACCUCCAGCCUCACGACUGGCCUUUUCAACGGCACAGAAACCAAAAUCAGGUGUCCCAGGAUCGACUCGCCGGGAAAAGCGGUGGACGUGUUCACCCGUCUGGCAAAACUAGCCGGGGCUCCGAUCAUCCUGCACGGGCUGGUCGUCAUCCUGUUGUCUCUGGCUCUUUUGGGGUCUGCAGGCAGUAUUCUGGUCACACUGUACAACAGCUUCAGUAACCCAUAUCAGACAUACUUGGGCCCAAUAGGGCUGUACACAUGCAGCGGACUCAGCGUGUGCAUGUCCACCCUGGCGCUGAUUCUGUACGUGUCCAAUGUCUACCUGGGAGAGAUGUUCCAGACGCUGGUGAAAGCAGAUGCCAGCGUGGAGCUGAAGGAUCCAAAAAUCACCCUGAAGGUGGGCUUCUUCCUCCUGAUCCCGUACAUCGGCGUCAACUUGCUGGCCAUCCUCGUGGUCUAUCUGUACGUCCACGCCGCGUACACCCGCCGCAAACAGCAGGAGAAACCGACGGAGGACGCUCCUAAAGAGAUCAUGAUGUACUAAAGCAAACAUCUGUUCAGCAGGCCAUGGUUUUCAGACUGGAGCUCCAACCGUCACAUUAACUGUAAAGUGCAUUGCAAAACUGUAUUAGACAUAGGCUACAUACAUAAAUAAUUAAGUCACUUCUUCAAAAUGCGUUUGAUAAGAGUGUCUCAGAUGCUUUUUGUGUUUGUGUUUGGUUCCUGUUUUUCUUGUGCUGUUUCUUUAAAUGAAUGCCGCUUGUUUUAUUGUUCGCUGUUGCGUGUUUUAAGUGUGACUUGACUGCUGAAAUAUUUUUAUGGGCCACUAAAAUAUUUUAUUGCGCUUAUGUUUAAAAACAAUGCCAUCACAAUAUUGUAAAAACGUUUGUACUAAGAACCUAAAAAUCACACGCAUGAAAUAUGAGUGGUUAAGAAAACUUCCUCUAGACUGUAAGCCAAUUUAAUACUUCUUUUGCAUAUUUUAUUGCAGAGAUGUGAAAAUAUUAUUUCUUAUACUAUUGAUCUGAUUGUAUGAAUAUGAUAUAUGAGAAAAAUGGUCUCAUUGAAUGUUUUUAUUUAUAAUAAACUGUCAAAAUAUUA